AUCUACGUGAUUUUUGCAUACAAUUUUGUCGGCGGUUCGGAUGCAUUGCAUUAAUAGUAUAGAAAAAACAAUUAAAUAAGUACAAAAGUUAUAAAAUCUUCACGAAAUGAUUGAAGUAAAACAUGAAGAACCCGAACCAUUACCGGAGGUUAAGAGUGAAGUAGAACCUGAGCCGGAACCAACACCAGAGAUGGCGGAACCCUCUGAAGUUGUUGAGGACCAACAAUCCAAGCCAAAUAAUGAGGAGGAAGCGACGCUUAAUCCCUUAAACGAUUCUGAAAGUCAUGCAGAUACCGAGUCCAAGGGUAAAAAUCGCCGUUAUUGGACACCCAAAGAGGAGGACAAAUUUUUUUUAAUAUGGGGUAGAGAGAAUUGGCGUCUUACCAAACAUGGGAAAAAUACCAUAUUUUUUGCUAAAUGGGCAGACGAGAUGAAGGAAAGGUUCAGCAUAGACGUAAAACCAGAGGAAGUGCAGUGCAAAGUAAAUCAAACCAGGGCAAAAUAUAGGCAAGUGAAAAGAUUGCUGGAAACAGAUAGAAAUGCCAUAAAAUGGAAAAAAUUCGAUUUGGUGGAGAAAAUUUUAAGAAAUCAAUACAGAUCCAAAGAUGAUGAGCCGGUGCCACAAGAGGCAAUGGAAAAUAAUCGAGACAUGUCACCUACAGAGCUAUUAAAUCACAGCGGUGCACCAACAUCUCCCGCUAAUGUAUCAAACACAGAUGAAGGUAUCAAUCUGAAUCAAUCGACUGGCGAACAACAAGUUACCGAAGAUGUUUCUUUAAGUGAACAGAAUUUAACAACGAAUGUUUACAGCAAUAAUUCACAGUCCAACACCAGCUUCAGCACAGAGUUAUUUGGUCUGGAUCAAAUGGAAAUUAAACAAGAAAUAGAAGCCGAUAUAAAACGCGAGGGAUUUUCGGAAUUUUUGCCCAAUGAGCAUGCAAUGGAGGUAGAGCCCACAGCAGCUGCAGUAGAUGUUGAGGCCCAAUUAACUCAAAUAUCAUCAAAGCAAGCAAGUGAAGAAACGUCAACAACAACAGAAAUUCAAAACCCAAAUCCACCAUCAACUCCAGUAUCUCAAGUUCCUUCAGAAGUUACCAAUAAUGAUGUUAAUCAAUUGGAAAACAAUCAAAGUGUCCCAAUAAAUAAUAGUCACACCGUUUUACCAAACAGUCAGAAUCAUACACCUUUGGUGGAAACUACAACUACUAAUAAUAAUGGGCCAGACAACAUGGCUGUUGCCAUACCAAAUCAUGUGAACAACAAUCAUACUACAAAAACGCCGGCGCCACGAAGGCGACCCUCCUCAUCAACAACGCCACGCAAAAGGAAUCGUACGCAGUCUGCAACAGCGUCAGCAGCAGCGGCUGCCAAAGCUGCCAAAGCUCUACCUCCUCCCCCACCACCUGCACCACUAACGCAAGAAACCCUGGAAACAAUGUUUAUUCAAGAAAUCAAGAAGAAGAAUGUCAUACUUGUGGAGCAGGGAGAAAUAAGUCGUAAACGUUUAAAACUUGAGGAGAAAAAGGUAAAAUUAAUGGAAGAGUUUUUCCCUAAACUUCUAAAACUUCAGCAGGAUAUAUUAAAAAAAUUGGAUAAUGUAACUGUAAAUGCCUCUACGCCAGAAUCCAUAAAUAUAAGAAUAGAAGAGUAAAAAAUCCUAAAUGCUAAUGCCGACUUGGGAGUACUCCAUACAAAGCAAAGAAUAUAAGAAAAACUAUUUUUUAUGAUUUUGUUAAGUUUUGAAUGCUACAUUGUAGGAAAGAUUAUAAACAAAACUAAAAGCGAAUUAAAUAUCGUCAAUUUUGAAAGUUAUACAUAUUUUGUAGUGAAAAGAGUGAGGCUGCCAAAAUCAAAAAAUCUAUAAAUCUAGACAUGCGUAGUAAUUGUGUAGAGAAGGGUUUGAAUCCUGAAGGAAUAUAUAGUAUGUACGCUAUAUUGAUAUGACCUCAAGACGUGUUAUAUGAUAUAAAAAGAUGGUUUCGGUGGAGAAGAACAGCCGAAUCGGGUCUCUACACUAUGUCUGAUAACCCCCAGAGCAGGACAUUUCCACAAAAAGUAGGCUUGAUCGAAUUUAUCUUCCUGUCAUACUUACAAACCGUGUGAGAAUUUAUCUUCGCUUAAAUGACCGAUAAUAACAGCUGUUAUCCUUCCUUUGGCGUAUUAUAAAAGAGGCUUUUUUCUCAAACUGCUGGACCACACAGCCAUGGAUGCUAUACCCUCUAGCAUUAUUCAAUAACUUCUUGGCGCAGCCAUCAUAGAUAGCAUUAAUACACAAUGCCAAAAUAAUAGAAUAAACAAUGCCCUGUUCUGCGAAAUACUCCUCCAUAAGUCCACGAUAUUCACAGGGCCUUGGCCACCCGCGGCGUCAGCCCACGCUUCAUGCGCGUCACUCAACCAAGAAGCUUGCAAAGGAAACGUUCACUAAAUUAGUAGCACGAUCGGCUUUUAUUCGCGCUUCAUUCCUGUCUAGCUCGUCGGCCGCGUUGUUCCGCGUCAUGGUCAGGGACCCAUCAGAGCAUUUUAGAUGUUGCUGUUGCUGUAACUACACAUUUGCAAGGGGAGAUGGCGCUCCUCGUCAAACUUCUAAAUGUGAGCAAGCUCGUUUCGGCGCAUGGGACCGAUUGCCACGGGAACACGAUCGGCGAUUGCUUAUUUAGAGGCGCCAAUAAAUCGCCUUUUCAUAUCGAGUGUCAUAGCCACGCAGCAAGAGCCGUUGCCGCCCUAACACACAUUGAGACUGACCACUCGAUGCCGCUGAUUGUCGGCAACUGCAUUGCAGUUACUCUUACGAAUCAUCAAACUAUCCGUAAUUUGUGGACAUGCCCGGCAGCUCUCAGUUGAGCUUCUCGUUAUAACUUUAAACACUACACAAAUCAGAGCUCAAAUCGCCUUUUCAUAUCGAGUGUCAUAGGCACGCAGAAACUCGAUACGACUGAUUGUCCGCAAUUGCAUUGCAGUUACUCCUACGAAGCAUCCGGCAGCUCUUAGUUAAGCUUCUCGUUAUAACGUUAAACAUUACACGAAUCAGAGCUCAAAUUUCCGCCAUUGUGGUGCUCAUAAAUAUCCCGUGCAGGGCAUUUUAGCCCUCUCUUGAAGAAACUCUUUGGAUUGCCCGACGAAUCUCGACCUCACAUGGCCCGACGCCAAAAACUCUUCCGAUUAGAAAGCUGCCAUAGCAGUUCAAUCAGAUAGCUGCCAUGGCAAUGAUUUUGUCUCCAGUGUCUUCAGGAACGUGAAUACCUCCGUCUGAAAGAUU